UCGAAUUCAGAUUAUGUAGAUAAUAACAAGAGAAAAAACAAUGCAGACUCAUCAAAUACUGGCAGCGACAUUCCACAAAAACAGGCAAGAGUUUCCAAACAAUCAAAGAAUGAGGUUCUAACAAGGCCAGAUAUUUUUUCACAACAGAUAAAGCUAGAAAAAGAAAAACUCAAAAUUGUUGAACAUGUUCAAGAUAGUCAAUGUAGAACCAUACAGAGUGAUCACGUAUAUGAACAUGUUGCAGUACAUGAUAAAAAAGGGGUUUCGGAAAAAACUGAAAGACUGUCAACAAUUUCUGACCUGAUAUGUACUGAGGUAGAUGAAUAUAGUACGGAUGGAACUAUUACUGAUAUAGAUGAAAAUAGUAGUGAGGGAACUAUUACUGAGUUACAAGUAGAUAAACCAAAAACUUUAUCAACCUGCAAGGGUAGUUCAGAAAUAUCAAAAACUUUAUCAACAAGCAUGGGUAGUUCAGAAAAACCAAAAACUUUAUUAACAAACAAAGGUAGUUCAGAAAAUUCAAAAACUUUAUCAACAAGCAAAGGUAGCUCAGAAAAAUCAAAAACUUUAUCAACAAGCAUGAGUAGUUCAGAAAAUUCAAAAACUUUAUCCACAAGCAAAGGUAGUUCAGAAAAAUCGAAAACUUUAUCAACAAGCAUGAGUAGUUCAGAAAAAUUAAAAACUUUAUCAACAAGCAUGGGUAGUUCAGAAAAUUCAAAUACUUUAUCAACAAGCAUGGGUAGUUCAGAAAAUUCAAAUAUUUUAUCAACAAGCAUGGGUAGUUUGGAAAAUUCAAAAACUUUAGCAACAAGCAUGGGUAGUUUUGUUAAAGCUGAAAAACAACAGUGGAAGUGUCAACUUUGUCAGAAAAUUUCAAAAGAUUGUGUUAAAAAGAAAAAUGGGCAGCACAUAUGUAAAGGUUGUGAUAGCCUGUUUUCUGGAGAAGAUAAUUGGACAGAUGGAGGAGAAAAUAUGGAAAAAGAACCAGAAGGAAAGAAAGAGGAAAAGAUCAAUCCACAUGAUACUGUAAUUACUGGUGGUAUACAUGGUAAGCGUAAUAAAAAAUAUCGACCUUAUAGUACGUCAACUAUGGCAGCAGCUUAUAAAGCUGUCAUUGAUGACAAGCUUUCUAUCCGUUCAUCAUCAAAAAUACAUGGUGUACCGUUCCAGACUCUCAGGGAUAGAGUGACUGGUAAUAUAGAUCCUGAGUGUACUACCAUGGGCAAUGCACCUUUAUUUACCUUAGAUGAAGAAAGCAGAUUGGUGACUCACUUGAUGGAAAUGGGUGAACUUGGAUAUGGAUAUUAUCGUCAGGAUGUUUUGGACAUAGCAACUGACUAUGCAAUUACACUUGAUCUGAAAACCAAGAAUGAGAAACCCUUGAGUCUGGCCUGGUUCUGUGGGAUGAUUAAACGAUGGCCUGAUCUUAAAGUUGUAAAGCAAAGGGCAUUGGAAGUUGUUAAAGCAAAUACUGCUAACAAGGAGAACAUUUCUAAGUACUUUAAUGAACUUGAAAAAGCUUUACUUAGAAACAACCUUAUAGACAAACCUCAUUUAAUUUACAAUGUUGAUGAGAAAAGUGUUGCCAUUUCAGGAAAAGGUGAAAGAGUCACUAUUUUGGGGUGUGGAAACGCAAUUGGCAAUGCAUUGCCUCCUUUCUUUAUCUUCCCUGGGCAGAAAAUGGAUGACAAGCUGGUGGAGGGGUCUUCACCAGGGACUGUUGGCACAGUCUCUAAGACUGGAGAGUCUAAUUCAGACAUUUUUAUGGAUUUUCUCCACAAUCAUUUCAUGAAAAUAGUCCCAGAUACUGGAUUUGUGCUGUUAUUGUUAGAUGGACAUACAUCUCAUAUCCCUGUUGGCACAUUUGAAUGGGCAAGGAAUCAUAAUAUUGUACUUCAGUUAAUUCCAGCACACACCAGCCAUUUUUUGCAACCACUGGAUGUAGGUUGUUAUGGCCUUCUCCAAGAUAUCUACAAUAGUUUGUGUCAUAAAACUAUCAGAACGAAAAACUGUGCACUUGAUCACAAUGAUGUGUGCCCCAUGGUAUGCAAAGCAUACAAAAAUGCAUUAUCAACUAAUAAUUUGCAAUCAGCUUUUAGAAAAACAGGAAUAUAUCCAUUCACCAAAGAUGUCAUGGACUUGCCACUGGAACCAUCUGAAGCAUUAUGUCUAAGUGACACUACAAACAUUGAAGAAAGUCAGGAUGAGAACAUGAUUGACUUACAUUUUCUUAAUGAAGACAAUAGUUCAUAAGUAGCAGAAAUUGUAAAUGAGAGAAAACUUGUUACUGAUAUCCAUGAAUGUUUGGAGAUGACAUCGAGCUUUUGUUAUGUCUGAUUUGAUUUAUUGGAUGAGUUGUAUAGAUUAAGGUUUCAGGAUUUUGUCUGUUUUGCAGAUCCAAUAAUUAAAUGGGCACUUAUAUUUGGUGUAUGCAAUGACUGUUAAGUGUGCAUAUUUGUUUGCUAGGUUUUAUACCAUGACAAUUGUUACCAAUGUUAAAUGAUUUGAUUUAAGGUCCUUUUCACAGAUACUAUUAAUACUAUUAGCAAUAAGUCACAUGUAUUUAAUUUAGAAUGAUUGUUUAACAUGUUUAAGGUGUGUACUUAUUUGGCAUGAAUUCACAUGACAUAGACUUCAUUUUCUAUGUUAAGUGGUAAAAUAAAGUUUUCUUGAUUAGAUCUGUUUAUAAGAAAAAGUACAGCUUCUUUUGGGUAUAUAAAAUUAUUAAAGGGUGGACAUGUUUGUGUGAUAGGUGGGGUUUAUUUGAAAUUGACCCCUUUUUUAUUGAUUAUAACCAAGUAAAAUUUUCGUGAUUAGGUCCAUUUUGUUCAGAUGCUAUAGCAAUAGGUUAAGUAUAUUUAGUAUACUCAAUGACAUAUACAUGUCUGUCUGACAUUGACCUAAUUUCCAUAGCUUAUUUGUCGAUUUUAAUUUUUGGUGAUGAGGACUAGUUCUCAGGGACUUCAUUCAGUCGGGGGUACUACUUGUACAAGUAAUUUUUAUUUACUUGAAGAAGUAAAUAUUAAUAUACUUAUAUAAGUAAAUUUGUAGGAUACUUAUACAAGUGUAUUUUAUUUA